AUGGUCACCACUCUAGCCGCUCAUUUGGAAGACCUCGUAGGCGGUUCAGAAGAUUCGGCAGAUCGUGGACGCCGUCUGCUUGAUGAAUGGGGCAGCGUUCCUAAGAACACUGGUCGUGCAACCUCCGAUCCCGAAGAGCUGGACGAGAACAUACGCUGGGCCUCAGUGGUAGAUGUCUUUGUUCAAGGAUCCUCAAGUGAUGGCAAUGUCCGUGAUCAGGGUGCUCUCCUCUCGGAUAUUCUUUCGAAGCCCGCCCUCGAGCCGCUCCUCGAAACGUUGCUAUCUCUUUUGAUUUCUUCUCGCUCGGACGAUGAUAUUUCUGGGGAACUGGCUGAGCUGGUCGGAUUCGACAACAUUGACCUAUCCAGUAGCUUGAUCAGCAGCAGAAAAGAGGCGGCACAACAGAUAUCAGAGUAUCUUCAUACCCCCGCCGAUGCCAUACCUACCGGCGCGCAAGUCAGUGGGCGCAGAAAAGGCAAGCAUGUAGAAGGUAACACAUCUGCGAUUCAAGUCCUGGACCCCGAGGAGGCACGACGACGAAUGGAAGACGCUCUGCGAGCCAAUGCUGCCCGUCCUCUAUUCACGGGAACUGCACACGAUGCACCGGAGAUUCUCCCUCAUGUGUAUACUUCGUCUUCAAUCACUCAGGGGAACAUGCUGUCUCAUACAGGUCAACGAUACAUGCUCCCUUUGGGUACCACUCGCAACCACUUCGAGGACUGGGAAGAAGUCACUAUUCCACCUGCUAGGAUGGUUCCGCCGCGAGUAUCCGAACGGUUAAUACCCGUUGCCGAGUUGGAUCCUUUGGCACGGAAGUCUUUCCCUGGAUAUGCGUCGCUCAACAGGAUUCAAUCAAUCGUCUUCCCCACCGCCUAUAAAUCAAAUGAGAACAUGCUUGUCUGUGCUCCAACGGGUGCUGGUAAAACAGACGUCGCAAUGCUCACUGUACUGAGGGUCAUUGACCAGUACAUGGACCGUUCUGCGAAUCCUUCAAAUCUGGCGGCAACUAUCCACCGAGACCAAUUCAAGAUCAUCUAUGUAGCGCCGAUGAAGGCCCUGGCGGCCGAAAUUGUGCGAAAGCUAGGAAAGCGCUUGAAGUGGCUGAACAUUUCGGUGCGGGAACUAACAGGUGAUAUGCAACUCACGAAGCAGGAGAUCAAUGAGACCCAGAUCAUCGUAACGACCCCAGAAAAGUGGGACGUUGUCACCCGCAAACCUACGGGAGAAGGAGAGCUCGCAUCGAGGGUGAAGCUUUUGAUCAUCGAUGAAGUCCACCUCCUCAAUGACGAUCGAGGCGCCGUCAUUGAAACGAUUGUGGCGCGUACAUUGAGGCAGGUAAAUCUGUGCACCUUGCCGAACUACGUCGAUGUUGCGGACUUCCUUAGUGUGAACAAGCAAAGAGGUCUCUUCUACUUCGACUCGUCCUUCCGUCCCGUCCCUCUGGAGCAGCACUUCAUCGGUGUUAAGGGGAAACCAAAUAGCACGCCCUCGAAACGCAACCUCGAUCGCGUCACAUUUGAGAAGGUUAAAGAUAUGGUGCUCGAAGGCCACCAAGUCAUGGUCUUUGUCCACGCUCGGAAGGAGACCGUCAAGGCCGCGGAAGCUCUGAAAGAGGCUGCCCAGGCGGACGGCAAUUUGGACUACUUCAGUUGCCAAGAACAUCCACAAUAUGACUUCUUCCGCAGAGACAUAGGCAAAUCCCGCAACAAGGAAAUGAAGCAAUUGUUCGACCUUGGAUUCGGUAUCCAUCAUGCUGGUAUGCUUAGAGAAGACCGAAAUAUGAUGGAGCGGAUGUUCGACGCACGUGCGAUCAAGGUUCUCUGUUGUACUGCAACGCUUGCCUGGGGCGUCAAUUUGCCAGCUCAUGCAGUUGUCAUCAAGGGGACACAAGUGUACGACAGUGCAAAGGGUGCAUUCACCGAUCUGUCUGUGUUAGAUGUCCUGCAGGUACUUGGCCGUGCUGGACGUCCAGGUCUCGAGACCAGCGGUGUCGGAUUCAUCUGCACUACCGAAGACAAGCUCAACCACUACCUCGAUGCUGUAAUGUCUCAAGUCCCGAUCGAGUCGAGGUUUGUUACUGGAAUCAUCGAUUCCCUCAAUGCCGAGAUCGCACUGAAUCCGUUCCAAUACGGUAUCGGCUGGGACGAAAUCCAGAACGACCCUCAACUACAAGCAAAGCGCCGCCAGCUUAUCACUGCUGCCGCCAGACAACUUGCCGAGGUCCGGAUGAUUGCUUUUGAUCAGGCCGCGGCGAGCAUGUUCAUUACCGAUCUGGGGCGAAUUGCUGCCAAGUACUACAUCCGCUACAAAUCCAUCGAGAUCUUCAUCAACCGCUUCAAGCCAAAGAUGUCGGAGGCGGACGUAUUGGCGAUGCUGAGUGAAAGUACAGAGUUCGAGCAAGUCAAAUAUCGCCCAGAUGACUUCGCGCUCGUUUCCGACCAGGCGUACGCGGCGCAGAACGGCGGUCGCAUCAUCCGUGCUCUCUUGGAAAUCGCCAUCUCCCGCAAGUGGGCGAACGUCAGCGCUGUUCUCAUGGGCUUGAGCAAGGCUAUCGAGAAGCGCUUAUGGCCCUUCGACCAUCCCUUGAAGCAGUUCCAGCUCAAGCGGAGACGAUACGACUACGCCGUAUCGGAGCUUGCUGAAAUGAGCGCAGAGGAUAUCGGCAAGCUCAUUCACCUCAACGCCAUCCAAGGCGCCGCGAUACAGAAUGUGGCGAAGGAGUUUCCUACUGCUCGCAUCACUUAUUCUCUUCGACCUCUCGGGCCCGACGUCUUGAAGAUCGUCGUCAAGGUGGAGCCAACAUUCAAAUGGAACAGCAGACAACAUGGCUCUGUGGAACCUUUCUGGCUCUGGGUUGAAGACCAUGAUGGCGCAAAUAUCCUGCAACUCAGUCACCUUAUCUUCCGGCAAACAACAACCUGCAUCGAUGUCGACUUCGUCAUCUCGGUUCCAGAAAAGAAGCUGCCUCUGUCUGUCACUAUCCGCUACGUUUCAGACCGAUGGAUGGGCGCGGAAGAAGAAGUGACCGUACCUCUUGAAGACCUUGUCAUGCCUUCAUCUUCGGAGUCUCAUACCCCCCGUCUCGAUAUCCCCUUUCUUCCUCUCUCUGUGGUACAAAACCCAGCGCUGCAAACAGUCCUCUCUCAAAGGAUGCACGGAAGCCUCAACGCUAUUCAAAGCCAGGUCUUCUGGAGUAUAGUGAGGUCUCGUCAGCAUGCGCUGCUGUGCGCUCCGACAGGUUGUGGCAAAUCCAUCAUCGGUCAAGUGGCGAUAUGGGAGACGCUGAAAACCUCAUCAAGCAACUCUUGGGCUCUUGUUAUCGUGCCACACCGGAGCAUCGCAUACGACAUUCUGUCAGAGAUGCGACCAGCGUCGAAGGCAGCAGACGCAAGUGUUGAGCUCAGUACUACAGGGGUCUUUGACUUUUCAAACCGCAGAACCGUCCGAAUCAUCACCGCUUCUGACCUUCUAGCCGUCCUCUCUCGGCGCCCUGAAAUGAAAAAGUCCUUAAUGCAACUUCGCGUUGUGCUCUGCGAGAGCCUCGAAUUCCUCGACGACGUCUACGAGCUCGUCGUCUCGCUCCUCCUCCACGCCACGCAGCCCCACCCCGUCCGCUUCAUCGGCCUUUCCUCCUCGCUCAAUGACCCCGCGGAUCUCGCCGCCUGGCUCAACGUCGACCCGCUCGCGCUUCACGCCUUCCGCCCCUCCGACCGCGACCAAGCGCUCUCCACCGCGACCUUGACCUUCACGAUCCCCCAGUCUACCGCGCUGCUGAAGGCGAUGGCCAAACCCGCGCACGCCGCGAUCCAUGACGCCGAGCCCGCGCUCGUCUUCGUGCCCUCCCGCGCGCAGUGCGCGUCCGUCGCGCGCGACCUCCUCACCCAGUGCGCGCUCGCGACGGCGUCCAACGGGUUCCUGCCCCGGGACGCGGACGCGGCGCGCCUCGCGGACGUCCUCCGGCGCGUGCGCGACCGCGAGCUCGCGGACCUCCUCGCGCGCGGCGUCGGGCUGUGGCACGACGGCCUCGUGCGCCCGGACCGGCUCCUCGCGCUCGAGCUGUACGCGGAGGGCCUCGUCCGCGUGCUCGUCGUCCCGCGCGACGCUGCGGGCGCGCUGCCCGUGCGCGGCGCGACGGUCGUCGUGCUCGGGACGCAGUACGUGCACGCGCCCGCGGGGGCGGACACGGAGCGGCAGCUGCGCGAGUACCCGCUGCAGGAGGUCGUGCGGAUGCAGGGCAAAGCGGUGCGGCACGACGGCCGCGGCCGCUUCUUCCUGUUCUGCCAGGCGGAGGGCAAGGACACCGUCACGCGCUUCCUCGACGACGGGCUCCCGCUAGAGUCGCGCCUGCUCGAGACGGACGCGCUCCGGCGGUGGUGGAAGGACCGCCGCGCAGACGGUGGCGGGGUGGCGGACAAGCAGGCGGCGGUAGACGUGCUCUCGUUCACGUUCCUCGCGCGGCGGCUGGUCAGCAAUCCGGCGUACUACGACGCGCGGUCGACGGCGGUGAACGACCUCCUGUCGCGCAUCGUGGACGACUUGGACAAGUGA